AUGUCGAAGAAAUGCAUUAAUUAUAAUACAGCUACUGAAUGUUAUAAUAAAGAAGAACAUGAACCAGAGAAACAAAAAACUACAAGCGCUGCUUCAUUUUUAACAAUACCAGUAGAACUUGUUUACCGAAUUCUUGAUAAUUUGGAUUAUUUUACUAUUUUAUAUUCAAUGAGAAACGUUUCUCAACGACACAAUGCAAUUGUGGAUAGUUAUCCUCGGUAUACGACACUUACUACAUUGAAUCUUCAGGAUAAUGGCCUUGGACACUUAGGAGCACAAUAUUUAGCUGAUGCGUUACGAAAUAAAACAGCACUAACCACACUAGAUUUUUCUAGCAAUAACAUCGGAGAUGAAGGAGCUCAACAUCUAGGCGAUGCAUUAUGGAAUAACACAACACUUACUACACUAAAUCUCGCAUCCAAUAAAAUUGGAGACGAAGGAGCACAACAGUUGGCUACUUUAUUACGGACUAGCACAGUAACUACUGUUCAGUCUUAA